AUGUCGAACCUGCUGAAUACGUUAGAUUUAAAGAAACCUGAAACAACUUUAGAGUCAUCAGAACAGUCUCCCAGACCCCAUUCUCUUCAACACCGCGCAACGCCUCCAACCCAAAUUGAACUCAGCCGUUUCCGCGCCGUCUGCAGGUCGUUCCGCUUCGCCGUCCCUCUCCCCUCUCCGAAACUUUCUCCCGUUCAUUAUUACUAUGACCCCGGAAUCUGCGAACCCCCUUUGCACCUCGUCAUUGCCGAAUCGACUGUCUAUGCCUUUCAACCCCUUUCCCACGGCGCCCCUCCGUGGAUAGUCAAAGUUGAAAAAUCAAGCCAGGGAGAAACCCGGGUCCAGGACACCUACUCUCGCCGUCAUUUUGAAGAGCAGGAAAUCAGUAAGGGUUAUAGAAUCGAUUGGGUUUUUGAUGAACAUCCGAGGCAGUUUAGUGGGUGGAAGGAUAUUUUGUUUCAAAAAGUCGCCCUCUCUGCAGAUAAUGAUGAGUUAGCAGUCAUGGUUUUUCUGAAUUUGGAGUUGAUGGUAUGGAGGAGCUGUGAUAAGAAAUGGGUCGACUUGGGUUUUGGUGAGGAUAUUGCCUAUUAUAAGAAGAAGUUUCAUGUAGUGAUGUCAAAUGGGCAUAUUUUAAGUGUUGAUCCGAAGUCUUUGGAGGUUGGUGAAACUUUGCCUCCAUUGUUGACUCGUUUUACUUACAAAAGCUUUGUAAAUACAUCUAGUGAAUUGUAUUUGAUUAAAAAUCGUAAUAGUAGUGAUAAAAAAUUGGGAAAUAAGAGAAAUUUCUCUCUAGCUAAGGCUGAGAAAGUGGUUUUGAAUUCUAUUUUCUAUGUGUUUAGGCUGGAUGAAGAAGAGUAA